GUGCCUGCGCUCAGCCGUCGUCUGUGCCCGGCGCCGGGCGGCGGGAGGGGCUCUGUCGCUUCCUUCCACGUGGGCCUCGCCGGCGGCACCGGCGGCCGCGCUCCUCCGGCAGGUGCGCGGGGCCCGGAGGUGGGGGAGGCCGAGGACCAGACACCCUCGCCGGGUCCCGGGCCGCUCCGCGAGGACACUCGGGGACUGCGCGACCGAAGGGAAGGGGCGGGGAGGGGCGGGACUCCAGCUGUCGCAGGCCUCGGGCCGCUGCACCUGCCGCGCCCUCGGAGUCGCCUGGACGUUUCUCUACGUGGCGGCGACCCGCCUCCGGGGGGGCUGGAAUCACGUGCUGGUACUCGAGGCCGAGAGAAAUCUUACUGAGUGGAUGACUGGCCCGAUGGGACUCAGGAAGCACCCUGAAACCCUCAUCCGCCGAGUGGCUAGGCCACCGACCCUCCGAACCCUCUGAACCUGUGAGCCAGAGGAGAGUUGGGGCUCUGCUGCCGGUGCCAUGGACGCCAAGGUUGGCAAUGGCGCAGGCUUCAGGGACGAGAGCAUCACAAACCUGCUGGUGUAUUCCUUCCUCCACACCCGCAACAACUCUAAUUUCCACCCAGAGCUGGAGGCACUGGGCCAGGAACUCCCUGUUGGAGUUUGCCUGGAGGCAGACCACGAUGAUGAACUGCAGACGGAUGGUAAUCGGGGCAGCCGCCUCCUCUACGGGGGAAGGAGAGAGGGAGAUUCUGAAAAUCAAGAAAUAAUUCACAGUAUUGCCUGGCAUCUCGCGGAAAUCGGGGAUGAGUUGGACCGGAGCAUCCAGCCUGGACUGGUGAACCAGCUGGCCAUGCAUUUCAGGAACCCAGGCCUGUCGGAGGAGGGCAGAAGGCACUACCUGGCUGCUACUGUGGAGGAGGUGAUGCAGACCUAUGCUACAGACAUGGAGCAGGAGAAGGCUAAGCUGAUUACGGCCAUGCUGCUGGUCAGAAAGGUGGCUGAUCACACACCAUCCUUGCUCCGUGACAUCUUUCACACAACAGUGAACUUUAUUAACCAGAACCUGCUCACCUAUAUGAGGGACUUAAUCAGAAAUGAGAUGAACUGAACAGAUGGCUCUGCAGAAGCACAACUGGCUAAAACUUGACAUGGUGACAGCAAGAAGGUACUACAGCCAUGAAAACAGAUGCCUCACCCUGACAGGCACUGGACAGUCACCUUUUCUCCCUGUCCUCAGGAUAUUUUAAGCUGAUUACUUCCUGAGAAGCAUCUGCAUUGAUGUAGUUGAAUAAAAUAAUGAAAUCUUGGUGAUAUUUAACAGGUUUCAUGUCACCUCCUACAUCUGUACCUUGUGCCUUAUCUUAUUUCAUCUGUACAGGUUCUCACUUGAAAAUUAAAUUGAAAAGCAGACUGUAAUGCAGAAGAAAAGAAACACACUUAAGUUUUUUAUUGUUAAAAAAAAGUUGCUGUUUAUUAAAGUACAACCUUGGGACAUGGUCU